AUGGCGUACUCAAACAGUGCCGAUAAAACAGUGGACGACGAAAUCGAACACUAUCAAGUUGUUCCUCUAGACCGUCCUUGUCAACACUGCAAGGCUCUCGGACUCGAUGAUGCGGCGCUUAGAGGCACCAUCAAGCAAUCCGAAGAUGGAACAAGAUUCGUUGAUUUUGGAGAAGUGCGACAAAAGAAUUCCGAGACAAGAGGCGUCAAUUUCAUGACACUAGCCGCAAUGGCUGGUCAAGGCAAUACAGACGAAAUAAACACUAUUCCUAAGUCGGAGCUAAAACUUGAUUAUAAGCGAUACGAUACUAUUCCCGAUCUUCCCGGCUUUGAAUCUACUGCUUCCCAGGGAUGCGCAUUCUGCAAGAUAUUCAGAAAGGAUUUGGAAUUAGCAUGGGAUAGAAUCAAGGAUGGGGUUAAACAAGAUUUCGAAAAUGGGUAUCAAGCAAAGCUUACCGUUUUUGAGGUGGCGUACCAGCUGCAUGAAGCUUCUUAUAGCGGUGGCGAUGAUAAACGAAUCUGUCUUGAUUCACUUACCGUGUGCUUUACCGUCGAAUGGGGAAGCGAGGAAAGCUCUAAUCACUCACUGACCUACAAUGUCUGUACUGACGCCGUUGACCCAUGCGCAUCGUGGCUCCGGAUCUGGCGUAGACCUCUAUCUAACAAACACUUAUCGCCACCUUCAAAGAGGCGCCUAGAUGAGCUUGUCGCCAAGUCCCUCCUUGAAGUCCCCGCUCCUACCGAUAACAAGUACUACCCCACACGUCUCCUAGAUGUCGGCUCAAGUUUUAGCACGAAGUUGCGUCUUAUCAUCACAGAGAAAGAUCCCGAAUUCAGAGAAUCGAUAGGCGCUGGUGGAAUAAGAUACGCGGCGUUGAGUUAUUGUUGGGGUUCUAAGGAGCGAGCUGAUAAACAACUGAAAACGACUAACGAUACACUCCAAAAUCACGUUUCGCAGAUUGAAUUCGAGAAAUUGCCACAAACGGUUGUGGACGCUAUUCAAGUAUGCCAGGCCCUCGGGAUUAGGUAUCUUUGGAUAGAUGCUCUAUGCAUCAUCCAAGAUAAUGCGCAGGACUGGGCUCAGGAAGCUUUCGAGAUGUCUAACGUUUAUGCCAAUAGUUUUAUUACGUUGUGCAUUGCUCAAGGGGACUCUUGCUUGAGCGGGUUCUUGACAACACCCCACGCCCCGCAGAUGCUAAAAAUCGUCUUCCAGUCGAAGUUAGAUCCUUCUGUUAAGGGAAAGAUAUACCUUCGGAUGCAAAACUCUCCCCGGGAUAACUUUAAGACAUCUAGGAUGGCGUAUAUGCCACUCGUCGAUCGUAAACCCGACGAACCUGGCCGAAGGGAUAUUGAGGGAGCCGCUUGGAAUAAACGAGGAUGGACAUUUCAAGAAGCUUGGGUUUCCCCACGACGACUCAUUUUCGGGCAACUAAUGUUCCAUAUUGACUGCGGGAAACUACAUGAAUCAGCAGACGGGUCAAUGUUCAACAGCUAUGGUUUACCUUCAUGGAGCAGCGAGGAGGGUAAAAGUCUCUUGAACAGUUGGUACAUCCUCGUCACGCAAUACGGCAAACGGGAGUUGUCAUACGAAAGUGAUAGAUUUCCAGCUCUUUCCGCGCUUGCAAGGACUAUAUCCGAAAAGUUGCAAGGUCAAGAAUACUUAGCUGGGUUAUGGAAAUCAGAUUUGCAUAAAGGGCUUCUUUGGUCCCCUUCCCAUUGGGAUGACCUCGCAAGUUACUUGAAACGCUCAGAGGGUAAGUAUGUGUCGCCCUCUUGGAGCUGGGCAUAUAGUCCCGGGUGGCUGAGUUGGAUGAUGCCAGUUGGCACGGACCUUUAUCCAACAUCACCAGAAUUCGAUCUUAAGAGUCAUAACAUUGCCGUGGAGGAAUUCAACUCAUUUGGUCGAGUUUCAAGUGCAACAUUGGAACUAUACGCAAAGACCUUCCAAUUUCCGCUGUCUAAGGGCGAAGGGAAAGUAAUCAAGGUUCCAGAUGAUGAAAGGAGAUGGGUUGGGAUGAAUUUCCAUUUCCAACUGUUAUCUGACAAAGACGAAUAUAUAGCUUCUCUCCGCUUUGAUUGGCAAACCCUCGGCAAAGACACUUACCUAGAGGAUCCGAUAGACAAACUAUGGAUGGUAUUGAUCUCGCGUAGCACCCUCAAGUGCGCGCCACUUUCUUGGAGACCGGAGGAUAGAGAAAAUAAAUAUUUGACAAGCCCAGAGAUAAUGAUCGGUCUUUUACUGUUUCCAACUGAGAGAGAGGAUGAGUUCGUCAAAGUUGGUUUAUGGUUCUCUGAAACCCGAGGUGAACAAGGCGGAAGCAAGUUCUGGGAUGAUAUUCCGAAACGAUUAGUUAAACUUGUCUAAUGCCUGGAUCAAGAGGAUCGAUUCGAAAAUUUCCAUUCCCCUGAGUCACGUGACAACAAUCACAGCACCGACC